AUGGUCAUAUCAUACACGGUAGGGCUGCUGCCGUACCUCUUAGCCGUUGCCGCCCUCAUCAGGGUCAUUCUCAGGCUCCUGGCACCCCUGGCCAAGUUGCCCGGACCGUGGUAUACGGCGCUUACUUCUCUCGUCCUCAAUUACCAUGAAUUCACCCACGGACGAACACUGUACAUACACCGCCUGCACCAGAAAUAUGGCCCGGUCGUGCGCCUUGCGCCCAACGAAGUCUCGUUUUCCACGGCCGACGCUGUCAAGGAGAUUUACAUGUCUGGAGGAAGUGGCUACGACAAGACGGAGUUCUACAGUCUCUUCACCCAAUUCAGGACGCGGACUUUGUUCAGUACGCUUCCGAGAGCUGAUCAUAGCUACAUGAAGCGCUAUAUGGCCGACCGGUAUGCAAAUACUAGCGUCAUGAAGCCUGAGGUCUUGGAUGGCGUGUCCAGCCAUGCGAAGGACUUUUUGAAGAAGUGCUUGGAAGGCUGUGCUGCAGUCAGCUAUGCUGAUAUCUAUAUCCAUCUUCAUUGCUUUGCUCUCGACGGGGUAACGCAUCAACUGUUCCAUCCCUACGGCACGCAUGCCAAUAGGGAUGAGAAGGACUUUCGGUUGGCGAAAGAGAUGUCUUAUCAUGACAGCUUGAAGAGCAACUUCGCACUUUACUACAUGCCAUGGGCAUCGGACGUUGUCCACUACUUCAACCCACCCAAGCCGGCACCACUAACGAACGAUUACGUCCUCAAAUCGAGCGCGGGUUCUUCUCCAUCGCCUUUUAGCCUGUUGUCCAAACUCCAGGCUCAAGCAAAAGCUACAAGCAUGCCGCCUCACUACGUCCCAGCCGAGUGCAAGGAUCAUCUGGCUGCCGGAGUAGACACGACAGGGGAUGCGCUGUGCUUCCUAAUGUAUCAACUUUCCCAGCCCACGCUUGAAUCGGAACGGAUUCAAGGAUCAUUGCGCAAAGAGCUUAUGGAGAACCCAUCAACUCCUUUCGACCGACUUCCGUACCUCGAUGCAGUCGUCAAAGAAGGCCUUCGCUGCUUCCCACCCAUUCCAAUGUCCAUGCCGCGAUAUGUACCGCAAGGCGGCAGCACGAUCGAAGCACAUCACAUUCCUGGCGGUACCAUUGUGAGCUGCCAGGUUUAUACAGUCCACAAAGAUCCAAGUGUUUUUCCUCAACCGUUGGAAUUUCAGCCAGAGCGCUGGCUGGAUGCACAGGGCGAGAUUGAGAGAAACCGGUGGUUUUCUGCCUUUGGAGCUGGUGGACGAGGGUGUCUUGGAAGACAUCUCGCGAUGGCGGAGAUGAAACUGCUUCUCCGCGAAGUGUAUUCUCAAUGCCGGACGACAGUGUCGGAUCAAAUGAACAGUGACAUGGAGAUGGAAGACCAGAUUAUUGCUAGUCGGCCGAAGGGACAGUGCUGUAAGCUAGUGUUUGAGAAAGUUGGGUGA